UAUGGAAAGUGCAAGUAGAAUGCACCCUUGUCAGGCACUUCCGGUUUGCUGCUUCCUGUUUAUAAAACGAAAGAUCAAGCACAUGGGAGAGGGUCGCCGUUCUGUUGAUAGUCCAAAAUGGUGAUUGCCAUUGGAUUUGAAGGCAGUGCCAACAAGAUUGGAAUUGGUAUCAUCAGGGAUGGGGAGGUAUUAUCUAACCCACGGCAUACAUACAUCACUCCUCCAGGACAAGGGUUCCUGCCAAGAGAUACUGCCAUUCACCAUCGCAAGCAUGUCCUGGAUGUACUCAGACAAGCUCUAGAAGAAGCCAACAUUGAACCCAAAGACUUGGAUGUAGUCUGUUACACUAAAGGUCCAGGUAUGGCUGCCCCUCUGGUGUCUGUUGCAGUAGUAGCCAGGACAGUGGCCCAACUGUGGAGGAAACCCAUCAUAGGGGUCAACCAUUGUAUAGGGCAUAUAGAAAUGGGGCGCCUCAUCACAGGAGCAAACAACCCUACUGUGUUGUAUGUCAGUGGAGGUAAUACACAGGUGAUAGCCUAUUCCCAGCAGCGGUACAGAAUCUUUGGUGAGACCAUUGACAUUGCGGUUGGAAACUGUCUGGAUAGAUUUGCUCGGGUUCUGAAUUUGUCCAAUGACCCGAGCCCUGGGUACAACAUAGAACAACUGGCCAAGGGUGGUCAAAAGUUUCUAGAACUGCCCUACACAGUCAAGGGCAUGGACGUGUCUUUCUCUGGCCUCUUGUCAUUUAUAGAGGAGCGAGCAGUAGGCCUAGUUAAGAGUGGGCAGUAUACCCCAGAAGACCUCUGUUUCUCCCUUCAAGAAACUGUGUUUGCCAUGCUGAUUGAGAUCACAGAGCGAGCCAUGGCACAUUGCGGAUCACAGGAAGUCCUCAUUGUAGGGGGCGUGGGUUGUAAUAUCCGUCUGCAGAAAAUGAUGGGCAAGAUGGCGGAAGAAAGAGGAGCAACUCUAUUUGCCACAGACAUGAGGUUCUGUAUAGACAAUGGUGCUAUGAUUGCACAGGCAGGUUGGGAGAUGUUCAGAGCAGGGGUGGUCACCCCACUCACGGAGACAUUCUGUACACAGAGGUUCCGGACAGAUGAAGUGGACGUGACAUGGAGAAAGUGAACAUACCAGUUUUAUGACCAGAACAUGAAGGAACUGACCGUCAAGCAUAACAUUUCUGACCAGGAAAUCUCUACUGACUAUUCUGGCCAGGACAUCACUACAGAGUGCCUCUGUUCUGUGUCAGACAGAUUGAUAUCCAAUGUUAUGGCCCCACCAGGAGCGGAUAUACUUCCUGUAUCAUCAGCGAUGUCACAUUGGAAUGUUGAUAGUUCCCCAGUGAUCUGAUGUGGGAUAAAUCCUAUAACAAGGCUCUGUUAGUUAGUUUUAUAAAGUAGACAUGGUCUGGUAAUUUUAUUAUAACAUUAAAAAUUGUCUUGCAAUUGUCAGACAGUAAAACUAAAAUUUUGCUUAUAGCAAAGAUAUCUUUGUCUCUUGAAAAAUACAUCUUUUUAACAAAGUUUACCUAUGCUUAACUAAUGUUUUAUGUUUCCUUAAAUUUGUUAGAAGCACAUUUUAAUAUGCAGAACUAAUUCUUCGGUUUCUUUGACUUUGAUGUGUAAACAUGCCAUAAUAUGAUAAGAAAAACAUGUGAGGAGCAGCAUCCUUCAUUCCUUGCAUCAGUGUCACAUGACAUGAUAUGUAAUUCCAUGUGUUUAGGUAUGACCUCAUUGACAGGUUGUCACAUGACUGUCACAUGACUGUACUUGCUGAAUCUCCUACAUCUAUUGACAUGUAAUAAAACAGGCAGCACCUUGUAUGUGUGGCUGGUACAUAAACAUU